CGUGGGCCAGCGUCACCAUGGAGACGCCUGUGAAACGCGAUUGCUUCUCCGUGGGAUUACACUUUGUCAGCGAGGACCAGGAGAAGGGUGACAUCCGCGUGUCGGAGGAGAGCGGGCGCGAGGAGCUCACUCUGCGCGCGGGCGGCGGCGACGACGAGGGCGACGCGGACUUCACUGUCAGAAACGGUGAUGGAGUGUGCGUGUUCAAAUUCUCCAUUGGCCCGGAGACAGAGUGCUGCAGGGUGGGAACGCAGUCCUUUCUCAUCACACUGGGCUGUGUCAGCGUACUGCUGUGCUUCAGAACCAGGACUGAGUUCAACGCCUUCCACACAAUGCUGAGCACACAGAGCAGUCUGGACAAGGAACAGUCUGCCUUUGACCAGCGCACAGAUGUCUCAUCCGCUCGGCAGUACUUCCAGUUUUAUGGCUGUCUGUCCCAGCAGCAGAACAUGCUCCAGGACUACCUUCGCACAGCCACCUACCAGAAGGCUAUCCUGCUGAAUGAGGUCGAUUUCAGAGACAAGGUCGUAUUAGAUGUGGGCUGUGGUUCGGGGAUCCUGUCGUUUUUUGCCAUCCAGGCCGGAGCGAGGAAGGUGUACGCUGUGGAGGCCAGCUCUGUGGCCAAGUAUACCCAGAUGCUGGUCAAGAGCAACCACCUCUCUGACCGGAUCACGGUUCUAGCAGGGAAGAUUGAGGAAGUGUCCUUCCCGGAGAGGGUGGACAUCAUUGUGUCCGAACCGAUCGGGUACAUGCUGCUGAAUGAGCGAAUGCUGGAGAGCUACCUUCACUCCAAGAAGUGGCUGAAACCCCGGGGAAUGAUGUUCCCCACGUUCAGUGACCUCCACCUGGCACCCUUCACAGAUGAGCAGCUCUACAUGGAGCACUAUGCCCGAUCCAGUUUCUGGCAUCAGACCUCCUUUUUUGGGAUUGACCUGAGCAGCCUGCACAGCGCCGCUGUCGACGAGUUCUUCAAGCAGCCAAUUGUGGACACAUUUGACAAGCAGAUUCUUAUGGCAAAAUCUAUCAAAUUCAGCAUCAAUUUUUUGGAGGCCAAAGAAGAGGACUUACAUAGGAUGGAGAUCCCCUUUGUCUUUCAACUGCUCCAGUCUGGUCUGAUCCAUGGCCUGGCAGUCUGGUUUGAUGUGGCCUUUGUGGGCUCCAGAACCACAGUGUGGUUGUCCACCUCCCCCAGUGAACCCUUGACACAUUGGUACCAGGUACGAUGUCUGCUCCAGACCCCUCUCUUUGCCAAAGCGGGUCAAACCUUGUCUGGGACAGUCCUGCUAGUGGCCAACAAAAGGCAAAGCUAUGACAUUCAUCUGUCUGCAGUUGUUGAUCAGUCUGGCUUCAAAUCUGGCAACACGCUGGACCUGAAAAACCCUUUCUUUAGGUAUGCCUAGGUUUGCAGAAAAUGCUCCUGAGAAGCCACGGACACUGAAAAACAGGCCUCCGACAUUUGAAUAGAAGCCAGGAAUACGUGCCACUUGGUUAUAUCUCAACAGUGGUGGAUCAGCAUUUGAGUUUAUUAUGUGUUUCCUGGGAAAGUUUGGUAUAUCAUCAGCAAAACCUUGCAAACAUGGAAAACAGAAAUACACAAGAAGGGAACCGAACAGUUAAAUCAAAAAUGGCGCCAAAGUGGUUUGACAUCUGUGAUGCUAACGUAACCCCGGGGGUUAGGGGUUUGGGGUUGAGGGGGCGGUUGGGGCAAGCAAGUUGCAGACCACGGUCAGUGUCAUAGAUUCCGGGAAUAUAACAAUUUGUUUAUAAACAUUUUUCAAAGAUGCAAUGGUACUAGCCUUUUAUAAUAAUUGUAUACUUAUAGAAUUAUUGCAGGUACUCGAAUUUGGACUAAA